AUGUCAGAAGCAAAGGUCAUACCUUGCAGUUCUUUUAAAUUAUUUUGCAUUAUUGCUAAAAAGCAUAAAAUUGCAGAUUUAAAGUGUAACAAAUUCUCUUUGGAUUGUAAUUGUUAUGGGCAGCCUUGUGCCUUCAACUUUAGCCAACCACGACGUUACGACAUGUCGAAUUAUGUUUAUUGGAAGUUACGAACUGAUUGGAAAACUGUAACAAUAGUAAGCUCAAUAGUAGUCUAA